AUUUCAACGACUAUUCUAUUUUAAACCCCAGGAGAUACAAAGGGACAACUGAAAUAAAUACACGUAUAGUGCUUUGUUGGUACACUAAUUUGCUACUAAAAUCUACUAAUAAUGGAACCAAUGACCCUUGGAAGUCCGCCUCAUUCGCCUUCUGGUAGUCCUAAUAUGGGUUACCUGCCGCCUUUUCUUCUCGGUGAGAUAAAUCCCCCUACAACACCAAGAACGAACAGUUUAUCACCCACAAAAGGAAGGAAUAUAGGAUUUGGGUCACCAACAAGUCCCAGUCAAGCGUCUACACCAGAACAAAAGUUGUUCAGGCCAAGUAUAACAAUGCACCAGCAAGCCAUGUACAAUCAACAGAAUGCCUAUGCUAAUAUACCUGCUUCCCCAAAUAUUUCGUACUCUAGCAAACCAAAUGGCCCACCUAUUGAAGAUUUAUUUGAUACAAUUAAGAGUAAUGAACCCAACAAAUCUGCAUACCAGGAUCACAGUUUCCUUGGGUAUGCUAACAAUAAUUCACUUUUACAGAACUCCUUUGUUAAUAAUAUGAAUAUGUCAAUGAACAAUCAGUCUUUAGCAUCACAGUGGCAAGAAGGAAGUCAAGAGCAAGAGGAGUACUGGGUUACCAUUUUUGGUUUUCCUCCUAAUGCGGCUAACACUGUCUUAGCUAGAUUUAGUAAUUGUGGUACCAUACUUGAUAAACAAUAUCCAACUCAAGGUAAUUGGACUCAUGUGAGGUAUGCAACAAGAGCUGAAAAAGAGAGAGCCAUGGCUUUGAAUGGUAGGCAAGUGCUGCCAGGUAUCAUGGUAGGAAUCGUGGAAUGCAGAGAUGUGCCUCGACUGAGUGUUGCCAGUCCUGGUUUUACUUCUCCUGAAAGACAGACAACAGGAGCCCGGUCAUUGUGCCCAACUCCAAUACCAUCUGCUCCAGUUCCCCAACGGUCUAGUGGAAUAAUUUCUAAAGCUUUAGAUUAUGUGCUGGGUUGGUAACAAAGCCAUAUUGUGAUUAUAUAAACCACCAUUAAACUAAGGAAAAGACUGUUACAAUUUAUGAGGAAAAAUGGCAAGAUAUUUACAUACAAAUGAAAUUAGUGAAAUG